UAAAAACUUUUUUGUCUGUUCAACUUUUCUUUUUAAAUUUAGAAUGUUUAUUUUUGAAAAACUUUUUAGUGAAGUAAACAUACAGAGUGAACGAGCGUCACCUUAGCCCAAAUACACAACUCAAGGAGACAAAACAAUUAAAAUAAUCAUGGAUCCUGAAAUAAUAAUGGAAGAGAUGGAACUUCAAACCACGCCUAGCACUUCUCUAUACACGACAAUCUACCCAGCCUAUGAUAAUCAAAGCUCCUGGAACAACAUAACCAAUGUUAAAGAACAAAGCGUAAAUUAUUACUAUUUUUUCGAUACGGUACAAUUUACGGUGAUGUGGGUGCUAUUUGUCCUAAUUGUGCUGCUAAAUUCUUCAGUAAUAGCUGCCUUGCUCUGCACCAACGCGAGGAAAAGCAGGAUGAACUUCUUCAUCAUGCAAUUGGCGGUCGCAGAUCUCUUCGUUGGAUUGAUUUACGUAUUUGUUGAUAUAAUUCAGAAGAUAACAAUCACUUGGUAUGCUGGCGAGUUUAUGUGUAAAAUAGUAAAGUUCCUUCAGGCGGUGGUUAUGUAUGCGUCUACAUACGUUCUCGUGGCAUUGAGUAUAGAUCGUUGUGACGCAAUUACUAAUCCUAUGAACUUUUCUGGAAGCUGGAACCGCGCUAGAGGUCUAAUAGUAUCAGCCUGGCUUAUAAGCAUCAUUUUCUCAAUUCCACUUUUGAUUUUGUACGAGGUUAAAGAAGUUCAAGGCCAGUUACAAUGCUGGAUAGAUUUGGGAACUCCUCGAAGAUGGCAGAUAUGGAUGUCUAUGGUGUCGGUGAUGAUAUUUGUUCUACCAGCUUUGGCUAUAGCAGCUUGCUAUGCGGUCAUAGUGUUGACUAUUUGGACCAAGAGCAAGGCCGUAGUUAUGAGCCCACCUAUCAACUCCCGAAGGACUAAGACUAUGAGGAACGGUCAAGUAGAAUGCGAUCCAGAUUCAAGACGCGCCAGUUCCAGAGGUCUAAUACCGCGAGCGAAGAUUAAAAGUGUCAAAAUGACUUUCGUUAUUGUAUUUGUAUUCGUGUUGUGUUGGUCACCGUACAUCGUGUUCGAUCUGCUACAAGUUUACAACCACAUCCCGCCUACGCAAACCAAUCUGGCGAUAGCCACACUCAUCCAAAGUCUGGCUCCGCUAAAUUCUGCGGCAAACCCCUUGAUAUGUUGCAUGUUUUCGCCGCAUAUUUACGCCAGUCUGAGACGAGUCCCGCCAUACCGCUGGCUGUGGUGCGGAAGGUCACUCAAGCGCCAUGCGCGCGGCACGCAGCGCUCCCGCUCCGACUCUACCGCCAACUCUGAUCUGCUCAGCUCUACGCAUGCACGUCGAUCACACUCAGUAGCAACGGUCCUAAAUCGAACUCGUAGUAGCAGCAUAUCAAGAUCGCAGCCUGACAACCGUCGUAGCCAACUCCUGGUUGUUAUUUCAUCCAGAGACUGACAGAGGACGCCCGCUUCUGUACCCGAUGUUGACGUUAUGCUAUAACCACACGCACGAGACGGGACGGGAACGACAUGGGCUGAAUAUAACUG